UGCCUGGUCAUUUGUGCUGCCUCCAGAAGCUUCUAGCCGGCGGUCGCUCAGUGUACCGAUUGAUAUACCGCUUCUGUAUGGUUGUGCUCGGCUGCAACAGAAUGCAAUGAAAAUGAGUCUCCAUGAGAUCAGUGAAAAUGUGAAGUUGGGCAGAGAAUAUGCCUUAUUGGGAAAUUAUGAUUCUGCAUUAGUGUACUAUCAAGGAGUAAUUGAACAAAUUCAAAAAUACUUGUCUUCAGUCAGAGAUCCUUCAUACAAGCAGAAGUGGAACCAGGUAUGGCAAGAGAUAACUGAAGAAUGUCAGCAUGUCAAAGAGAUUAUGUCAACAUUGGAUGGCUUUAAACAUGACAGUUCUCCAUUGCAAGCAGUACGACAUGAAGGACAUGAUUUAGAAGUCUGGUCAUUACCUGUGCCUGUAGAGCGCAAUAGACCAUCACCACAUCCAAGAAAACGACAGUCAACGCCUUGCAAUGACCUUAGAGGUCCUCAGAAAGACCGUCUCGGAGCUCCAGUUAGAGGUUCUAGUCGUCCUGUACCCCGAAUAGGAAACAGUGAUAGAGUGAGAUCAAACAAAGGAAAAGACAAGAAAGAAAAUCAAAGUAAAGGAAAGGAAGACAAGGUUAAAGCAGUUGAUACCUCUGAAAGUGAGCCAAAAAAGUUUGAUAGUUCUGGGAAUGACCGAGAUUUAGUAGAAGCUUUGGAACGAGACAUAAUAUCACAAAACCCAAAUGUUCGAUGGGAUGAUAUAGCAGACUUGGCGUCAGCAAAAAAAUUACUGGAAGAAGCAGUUGUUUUGCCAAUGUGGAUGCCAGAUUUCUUUAAGGGAAUCAGGCGACCUUGGAAAGGAGUAUUAAUGGUUGGUCCCCCAGGAACAGGAAAAACAAUGCUGGCUAAAGCUGUAGCAACUGAAUGUGGAACAACAUUUUUCAAUAUUUCUUCAUCAACGCUUACUUCCAAGUAUAGAGGAGAGUCUGAGAAACUUGUCCGCCUUUUGUUUGAAAUGGCCAGAUUUUAUGCCCCAACAACCAUUUUCAUUGAUGAAAUUGACUCCAUUUGCAGUCGUAGAGGAACUGCUGAGGAGCAUGAGGCAAGCAGACGGGUAAAAGCUGAGCUACUUGUUCAGAUGGAUGGUGUUGGAGGUGCAUCAGAGAAUGACGACCCUUCAAAGAUGGUUAUGGUUCUAGCAGCUACAAAUUUCCCAUGGGAUAUUGAUGAAGCCCUAAGAAGGCGUCUAGAAAAACGAAUUUACAUUCCUUUACCUUCAGCAACAGGAAGAGAGGAGCUGCUGCGGAUAAACCUCCGAGAAUUGGAGGUGGCAGAUGAUGUAGAUGUCAAAAGAAUAGCUGAACAAAUGGAAGGAUAUUCUGGAGCAGACAUAACCAAUGUUUGCAGGGAUGCCUCCAUGAUGGCCAUGCGACGUCGCAUUCAAGGACUAACUCCUGAGGAAAUAAGAAAUAUCUCCAGAGAUGAGUUGCAGAUGCCAACAACCAUGGAAGAUUUUGGAAUGGCUCUAAAGAAAGUUUCUAAGUCUGUUUCUGCUGCAGACCUGGAGAAGUAUGAGAAAUGGAUUGCAGAGUUUGGCUCAUAUUAAUCCAAAUGAAAAAUAUUUUAGUUAUUACCAGCUAAAUGUUAUUGGAGUCACUCAGGUAAGACAGAAGAUUGACUUCUUAAAUCACAGGCCAAAAAUGAAUACCUCCAGUGCCCUAUUCAAAAGUCACUUGCUAUAGAAUCCAUACUUCAGUCUAUUGUUUACUUGCUUUUUAGAAUUGGUUUUAUUUACACAGGGAUAUUGAAAAACCAAAGUGAAGAUGUUAGAGAAUCUCCCCACCAGAAUCCAUGAUUUUAAAAAAUAAAUCAAACCAGUUCAAAGAAUUCUGUUUAAUUCUAACAUUGCUUUUCUUUAUUUAUCGAAGUUCAUUUUUAAAUGGUUUUAUUUGAGGUUCUCUGGAAAAAAUUGCCAGCAUAAGUUACUAUUUAUUUAAUGCUGAAGGUAGCUUAAGUGAUAACUGUCUAUUAAUAAUAUGCAGAUACAACUGUCAAGGGCUUCAGCAUCAGGUAUACCCAUUAACUAAAAGGGUCAAGGGGCUAAAUUAUCGACCUUAUUUAGUUGAGUCAAUUCUGUUUUGUCUUCAGUAUUUAAAUCUAGUUAGUAAACGAAGCAACUAUUAAUCAGAAUUCUUUGAAUUCAUCAUUUUAAUUGCAUUUUGAUGGCGGACUUCUCAUGUUUGUAAUGAUUAAUUUCUAAUAAACUCCUUCAAGUAUAUGAAGUCACUUGCAGCAUGCUAUAGAAUGAGUCAAAUGGAAAGAUGAAAUUUCCUAACAUGCUUAAUUCUGAUCUUGUUUAUUUCCUUUAACUGUCCUUUUUUCCUUUUUUUAAUUUUCUGCUUAUCUUUUCCUUCCUUCAUCCGUGUUGCUUCAAUUCUUAAUAUGUUAAGUUACUCCGUAAAGAACAAAAGCCAUAACACACACACUUAUGUGAUGCAGUUAGAACUGUUGGCAGUAGCCUUACUGUCAUGUGUGCAAAUUGACAAUCUGUUCAACCCAUUUUCUCAUAUUAAAGAUUCGAAAUCCACGCAGCAAGGACUCUAUCCUAGACCCUGGUUUUAAAAUUAGUUAAAUAUUGACUGUAGAACACACUCCACCAUUUGCUUGUACAGCUUUUACAUUGCUGCAUCACUGCUCCAAAAUUAUCACUAGGGUUUAUCAAGUCUGCUAUCCUGCAGAAAAUGAUUUGACCAUAAGAAUAGCAGAUUAAUUGAUUUUUAUAUUCACUUAAAAUGCUGAUUGUUUCACACAAUCCAUGACUUUAUAGUUUUGUACACUGUCAAAUUUGAAUAAAGGGUGUUUGAAUAACUAUAAUGUUAGGUAAUAGUGUCUGAAUUACAGUAAAUAUUUUUUCACAUUAAAAUAUGAAAUGAUUUUGAAUGUGGAGAAAAAUUAGAUUGACACCAACCUUAUUCCUGGGUUGAUGUACAGUGUGCUAUGAUGUUGCCAUUGACCUCAUUAGGUGUGAUAACAUACGGUACAAUGAAAUUGUAGCCUGGUUCCAGAAUGGUCUGAUUUCUUGGCUUCCAUUAUUUGAAUGCAUAUAUUGUCAAAUGGAAAAACUUCAUCCAUGGGUUUCCACAGUUGCAACUUGGAUCAAUUGAAUUAAAUCAAUUUAGUCCUUUUUCACCGUAACUUUUCAGCAGGAAUUCUGAUGUGAUAGUUGGCUCACCAAACCAAAGUUCUUCUCUUUAAUGUGUGCAGAUUGGACAAAAUAAUUAAAUGAAUUUAGAUAAUAUGAUUUAAUUUGGACAAGACUUGUAAGUAAAUCACUACAAGAUGAAUAUUUUGGGUGGUUUACUGGAUAUAACUUUUACCAAGUAUGAAUGGCUGAUAUACCAUGCCUCUACUUAAGUGGCCAAGUUAAUGCACUGAGAAUCCUGCAUUGUUGUCAUCGUGUGGAGAAGUGGGAAGAAUGUCCAUUUGCCUUUCCAAUUAUCUCCACUCUCUGGCAGAAAACAUGAAGAUACAGUCCAGAAUAACUAUAUUGUUAAUGAGGCAGAUAGUUGUUUAGAAAAAACUAUAUAAAUGUUAUUAAGUUACCAGGGCAAAAUGGUUUGAUUAACCAGAGCCUAAAGUUAAUGUACAUUCUUAUUUGUUUUCUGCUCAUGCCAUUAUUUAUUUUGAUCAAAAACUGAAUGCAGGAUAAUUUUUUAAUUUUGUCCUUCCAUGCACAAGCAGAUUGUGCACAAUGGAUUAGCAAUUAUUCAAGAACACUAAACUGGCUUUAUAUCAAGCUUGUAAAGGGAAAGAUGGCAAAAACUGAUAAACAUAGAGUAAACUGAAAAAAUGGGCAUCAUCCAUUCAUAUUUUUCUGCAAAACAAUUUAUCCAUCUGUGUAUUUGAAGUCCAUUACAGUAGAUGCUGCCAGGCUAGCUGAGUUUCUCCAGCACUGUUUUUUGUUGGUGUUGAUUUUCUAGUCGCCGUUACAUCUGUGCCAGUUAGAUAUUCAUACUUCUAGCAUUUAAAGUCUAAAAGACUUUCCAUUUCCCCUAAUUCAAAUACAUUGGCUCAUGCUCUAAAGAGUAAGUAAUUUAUAGAAUUUAUGCAAAAUUGAACAUUUGUACUUCAGCUCUGGAAGUGCAUGUUACCUUGUAAGUAACUGAUAUUAAUAAAAUGACACUGUUAAAAUA